ACUGGCACUGUUUACUGGCUGCUUGUUUCCUCAUCGCAAGCCAUUCUAAGAGCCUUGUGAGGAGGAUCUUUUCAAAUGUUAGGAGCUGAAACUGUAUCACGCUUGAGGCCUCAUUGCCAUCCAGGGAGAUGCAGAUUGGAUUGACAUCAGCAGUGCGAAAGGCAGAGGAAAGGUUUUCAUUUCAGAUUUGAGCUCAUCAUAGCUCCUUUGCUGCUGGCUCUCUCUCUCUCUCUCUCUCUCUCACUCACUCACUCACUCACUCUCUCUCUCUCUCCCUCUCCCUCUCUCUCGUCGGCGCCCGUGUUGAUUCCUAUGCAUUGAGAGAAAGAGAGAGCGAAGGCAAACAACAACAAAAAAGCACUGAACAAAUAAAACCAGAAGCAAUGGACUGAUCUAUGAACCCGAUUUGACAGUAUCAUGCCAUGGAGCGCUGUAUUCAGAACUGCGGGAAUGUGUGGACUUAGACAGGAACCUGCUGCCUAAAAGAGCCCCGUCUGUCCCAGAUAAGUGGAGCAUGCAUCAGAGCUACCAAGCGUUUCUUUCAUACUUCCUGCUGUGCGCUGAGAUGCGGUGGAGUUCUUGUUACAAGCGUGUCUGAAUCCUGCAUAGCUUGAUCGUCUGAACGAAUUACUCUUUCAAAAAAGAAAACAACAAUGUGCCGUGUUACUCCUCUCUGAGAGGCAAUAAAGUUCAUCAUGAAGAUCAUUAUUAUCAUCAAGACUGGACUUCUAUAACUAUUCGUUACUGUAAAAAAAAACUGUGGAAAUUGUCCAAACAUAAUAUAAUGGCUUCUUCAGUUUGGAAACUUCUGGCUUUCUGGUUGCUGGUUUUUGCAGUGGGUCAUUUAUGGCAUGUGGAGGGGUUUAGUCGUGCUGCUUUGCCAUUUGGUCUGGUCAGGAGAGAGCUGUCUUGUGAGGGUUAUCCCAUUGAUCUUCGUUGUCCGGGAAGUGAUGUCAUCAUGAUAGAGAGUGCUAACUAUGGCAGAACCGAUGAUAAGAUCUGCGAUGCUGAUCCUUUUCAGAUGGAAAAUAUCAACUGCUACCUCCCAGAUGCCUAUAAAAUUAUGUCACAAAGGUGCAAUAACCGAACGCAGUGUGUUGUGAUUACUGGGUCAGACGUGUUUCCUGACCCUUGUCCAGGAACAUAUAAAUAUCUAGAAGUCCAAUAUGAAUGCGUUCCCUACAUUUUUGUUUGCCCUGGAACUCUGAAAGCAAUUGGAGAAACUUCAUUUCUCUUUGAAGCAGAGCCACAAGCUGGUGCUUGGUGCAAAGACCCCCUACAGGCAGGGGAUAAGAUCUACUUCAUGCCCUGGACUCCAUACCGUACUGAUACUCUCAUAGAGUAUGCCUCUUUAGAUGACUUUCAGAAUGCACGACAAACAACAACGUACAAACUUCCUCACCGAGUGGAUGGCACAGGAUUUGUAGUAUACGAUGGUGCUGUUUUUUUCAAUAAAGAAAGAACCAGAAACAUAGUAAAGUUUGACCUGAGGACUAGAAUCAAAAGUGGAGAGGCAAUUAUAAACAAUGCUAAUUAUCAUGACACCUCGCCUUACAAAUGGGGUGGGAAAACUGAUAUUGACCUGGCAGUAGAUGAAAAUGGUUUAUGGGUCAUUUAUGCUACUGAGCAAAAUAAUGGAAUGAUAGUCAUUAGCCAACUGAAUCCCUACACCCUGCGUUUUGAGGCAACUUGGGAGACAAAUUAUGAUAAAAGAUCUGCGUCUAACGCAUUCAUGAUCUGUGGAGUUCUCUAUGUUGUUCGUUCCACGUAUGAAGACAAUGAAAGUGAAGUGAGCAAAAACCUUAUUGAUUACAUUUUCAAUACCAAACAAAGCAAAGGAGAUUUUGUGGAUAUUCCUUUUCCUAACCAGUACCAGUAUAUCACUGCAGUGGAUUACAACCCCCGAGACAAUCAGCUAUAUGUGUGGAACAGUAACUUCAUAUUAAGGUAUAACCUGGAAUUUGGACCUCCUGACCCAGCUCAAGUGCCAACCGCUGUAGUAACGACUGCUCCGCCAGCAGAGCUGUCCAAAACCACAGUUACCACCACAACAACCACAACCCAAAAAGGUUUAAUCAUGACAACAACCAGUGGGACUGUGAAAGAAGGAAGCAGAGGGCCUAAACCACCACCUGGAGUGUCAGCUACUAAAGCUCCCACAGCAACCAGUUUCUUUCCUUUACCUGAAAGGUUUUGUGAGAGCACUGAAAAAAGGGGCAUUUCUUGGCCCCAGACGCAAAGGGGGAUGAUAGUUGAGCGUCCAUGUCCUAAGGGAACACGAGGCACUGCCUCAUAUCUUUGUAUUCUCUCUACUGGAACGUGGAACCCCAGGGGCCCUGAUCUUAGCAACUGUACCUCACAUUGGGUAAAUCAAGUGGCACAAAAGAUCAGAAGCGGAGAAAAUGCUGCUAACCUUGCAAAUGAGUUGGCCAAGCAUACCAAAGGCCCCAUCUUUGCUGGAGAUGUGAGUUCAUCGGUGAGAUUAAUGGAGCAGCUUGUUGACAUUUUAGAUGCUCAGCUACAAGAACUGAAGCCCAGGGAAAAGGACUCUGCAAGCCGCAGUUUUGGCAAGCUUCAAAAACGAGACAAGACAUGCAGGGCAUACAUUAAGGCAAUUGUAGAUACAGUGGACAACUUAUUAAGACCCGAAGCCUUAAAAUCUUGGGAGGACAUGAACAGUACAGAACAAACCCAUGCAGCAACCAUGUUACUUGACACUCUAGAAGAAGGAGCUUUUGUUCUGGCAGACAAUAUUGCAGAGUCUUCUGUGGUAAAAGUUCCAGCUGAAAAUAUAAUUCUGGAUGUUUAUGUACUAAGCACAGAUGGCCAGGUGCAAGACCUGAAAUUUCCCCAGGCAAGUAAGGAAGGAGUUUCAUUCCAGCUAUCUGCCAACACUGUCAAGCUGAAUAGUCGAAAUGGUGUUGCAAAACUCGUAUUCAUUCUCUAUAAACGACUUGGCCAGUUCCUGAGCACGGAAAAUGCUACAAUUAAGUUUGGCAAUGAUGCAAAUGGCCGGAACCAUUCUGUGGCUGUCAACUCCCAUAUCGUUGCUGCUUCUAUAAAUAAAGAAUCAAGUCGUGUGUUCUUGACCGACCCUGUACUUUUUACUCUGGAACACAUUGAUUCUGAAAAGUAUUUCAAUUCAAAUUGUUCUUUCUGGAACUACUCGGAGAGGAGCAUGAUGGGACACUGGUCCACUCAAGGAUGCAGACUGGUGGAAGCCAAUAAAACUCACACAACCUGUGCUUGUAGUCACCUGACCAAUUUUGCUAUUCUCAUGGCCCAUAGGGAAGUUGAAGACAAAGAUGGAGUGCAUGAGUUACUUCUUGCUGUCAUCACUAGGGUGGGGAUUGUUGUUUCCCUUCUUUGCUUGGCAAUCUGCAUCUUCACAUUUUGUUUUUUCCGGGGCCUUCAAAGUGAUCGCAAUACCAUCCACAAAAAUCUCUGCAUUAAUCUCUUCAUUGCAGAGUUAAUUUUUCUAAUUGGCAUUGAUAUGACAGGACCAAGGAUUGGAUGCUCAAUAAUAGCUGGCAUUUUGCACUUCUUCUUUCUUGCUGCUUUUGCUUGGAUGUGUCUUGAGGGUGUUCAUUUAUAUCUCAUGUUAGUUGAAGUAUUUGAAAGUGAAUAUUCUCGGAAAAAGUACUAUUAUGUUUCGGGCUAUCUUGUCCCAGCUAUAGUAGUUGGUGUAUCUGCAGCAAUUGACUAUAAAAGCUAUGGAACAAAGAAAGCAUGCUGGCUGAGGGUAGACAACCACUUCAUUUGGAGUUUCAUAGGACCUGUGGCAUUUAUUAUUAUACUAAACCUUAUCUUCCUUGUUAUUACAAUGUAUAAAAUGGUGAGGCACUCGACUUCCUUGAAACCAGACUCCAGCAGGUUGGAAAACAUUAAUAAUUACCGUGUUUGUGAUGGGUACUAUAAUACGGAUUUACCAGGCUAUGAAGAUAAUAAGCCAUUUAUCAAAUCCUGGGUCCUUGGUGCUUUUUCCUUGCUUUGCCUUCUUGGAGUUACAUGGUCAUUUGGAUUGCUGUUUAUCAAUGAAUCAACAAUUGUAAUGGCUUACCUUUUCACAAUCUUCAAUGCUUUUCAAGGAAUGUUCAUCCUAAUAUUUCACUGUGUUCUGCAAAAAAAAGUCCGCAAAGAGUACAGCAAAUGUUUCAGACACUGUUGUCAAGGGUUGCCUGCAGACACCUCCCACAGUUCAUCUAAGGCAUCGACAGCAAGGACAACUGCUCGUUAUUCUUCUGGAACUCAGAGUCGAAUCAGGAGAAUGUGGAAUGAUACAGUAAGAAAACAGUCAGAAUCUUCAUUUAUUUCAGGUGACAUCAACAGCUCUUCAACCCUUAACCAAGGAAUGACGGGCAAUUACCUACUAACAAACCCUCUACUUCGACCUCAUGGCACUAACAACCCUUAUAAUACUUUACUUGCUGAAACGGUUGUAUGUAACACUCCUUCGGCUCCUGUGUUUAAUUCUCCAGUGACCUACAGAGAGACAAGACAUUCACUGAACAAUGCCAGGGAUACAAGUGCAAUGGAUACUCUACCGCUAAAUGGUAAUUUUAACAAUAGCUAUUCACUUCGUAAUGGGGACUACAGUGAUGGCGUGCAGGUUGUGGAUUGUGGACUGAGUCUUGAUGAUGCUGCAUUUGAAAAGAUGAUCAUUUCUGAGUUGGUACACAACAAUCUCCGAGGGUGCAACAAAAACCACAACAUUGAGAGGACUUCAACCAAAGUAGUUGUGGGCGGGAGCAGUAGUGAAGAUGAUGCCAUUGUGGCAGAUGUAUCAUCUUUGGUACAUAGCGACAACCCAGGACUAGAGCUACAUCACAAAGAGCUGGAGGCCCCACUAAUCCCCCAGAGGACUCACUCACUCCUCUACAAUCCUCCCAAGAAAGUAAAAACAGAAGGAACAGACAGCUAUGUUUCUCAGUUAACAGCAGAAAUCGAGGACAAUUUGCAGUCACCAAACAGGGACUCCCUUUAUACUAGUAUGCCUAACCUAAGAGACUCUCCAUAUCCAGAGAGCAGUCCAGAUGUAGAGGAAGAUCUCUCUCCCUCAAAAAGAAGUGAUAUCGAGGACAUUUACUACAAGAGCAUGCCUAAUCUGGGAGCUGGACAUCAGCUGCAGGCAUAUUAUCAAAUUAGUAGAGGCAAUAGUGAUGGGUAUAUUAUUCCUAUUAAUAAAGAAGGAUGCAUCCCUGAAGGAGAUGUGAGAGAAGGACAAAUGCAGUUGGUCACAAGUCUUUAAAUGUAUUUAAGUGACAAGAGGACUUCAGGCAGGUAUUAGAAAACUUGAAUGGACCUCAUGCUGGUUCCCUUAAACCUUUAUAAGAACAGAAAAAAAGUGUGACUUUUUCCCCAGAGGGAAUAGAGUGUGUGGAAUAUCUGCAUUUGUUUCCUUAAUUUUAUGAUAAACUUUGUAUAUAAUAUGCAGAAUAUAAAUGAAAAAAAAUCAAAGACAAACCAACAAUGUAUUUUAUUGUGCUGCUGAUGAGCAAUUUUCUCAAACAGUUCCGGCCAUUCCAGUUCAGCAGUUUUUCAGACGUGAAGUUGUACAACUGCAUCUUUCUUACAAAAGCCAGCUUUGUAUUAUAUACAAAUGCAGGCACUGCAGCCUGAUGUGGAUUUCUUAACUGACCAGAAAUUUCCCUGACAUGACUUUUAAUGAAUUAGAAGAAUUAUUGGUCCUGGAUCAUUUGAUGGUAGCAAGUCAUCUCUUUCAAGAUGAAGAUUGGAAACACACAACCACUAGCAAUUGAGCCCCUGGCCUUAUAUUUUCUCAAUUGUACAUUGAACUCUUCUCAAGAAUAAUGCUAAAGAAAAUAUAUUUUGUUGUAUUGCUAGUAAAAUGAAAAAAAUAAAAAAAAAACUACCAUAAAUACAAAAAAGUAAAACAUUUUAAAGUUUGAAAAGACUAUUGUGUAAAAGUUGCACAUAUGUUAUAAAAUGUGUUUAUUCUUCUUACACUUUUUUCAUUGUAGUACAUUUGGAAAAAAAAACAUUCACUUUUUCCACUUGUAAACAGUGUUUUUAUUACAUAUAAUUUAUGAUUUUUUUUCUUUUUUAAUUCUCAGUUUUAUAUUGCCAAAAAGUUAAAACAAUGAGGGCCCAGUUGACGCCAAUGUUUGAAAUUCUUGCACAAAUUUCGUGUAAAUUAGGUAAUCUUGUAAUAUCUUUUACUGUAAAAUACUUGACAAGAGUACAAUGGGCUGCACUAGGCACUUGAAAGCAAUUUGUUUUUUCUAUAUUUACAAGGUUUUUUUCUCUUUUUAUAGAGGAAAUGACAUUACCAUAUUUCUGCUUCUUUUGUUUUGCAAUUUAAUUUAUUCCCGGAUAAAUCUAACAAGAUGUGUAAAUUCGGCACUGGUAUGCUCAUUUCAUUAUUUUAUGUAAACCUGUUAUUAAAGCUCCCAUCACUAAUAGCUGAUGUAAAGUUUAACACUUGUUUGACAGUAAAUAAAUGUGAGAUUUCUUUUUCAAA